GUCACAUUCUCGUUGAGGGUAAAAAUCUCAAGCAGGAGCUUGUUUUUCUACAUGCUGUUGCUAUCAUUUUCCUCUCGAUUCAACUUACGAGGUUGAUUUUGAAUGUUGACCUGGUGUAUCUUAAUAGUAUGUAUAGACCUCUCAUUUGCCUUAGAGUAUUGCACAGUUGGAAACAGUUUGAAAACCUUUUUAUUGACAGAAUAGUUGAAACAAGAGUCAAAAGGAAAUUUCUGCCGAUCCGAUGCUGGAAGCGCCAGGCUGAGGCAGGAGCCCAGUCUAAUCUAAUAA